AUGGAAACAAUAUACCAAAUAUUCGAAGAACUUGAUGUUUGUGGCAAGUUUACUCUAAGAACUAAACUUUGGGAAAUUGCACACCCUGAUCAGAAUUCGAUGUGUCCUUCUCCAGCAAAGGUUAACACAAAGGGGGCAUCGAAGAAAACUAUGAGCAGGAACCCAAGGUCAACAAAGCGUGAUCCAUCUUACUGGGAGUAUGUAGAUGCCUUUGAAUCACAACAAAAUAGCAAUUCGUCGGUGAGGCGUACUGCAUCAUCCUCUGAGCAACCGAAUCGAAGAACGAUGAUGCCCAUGUUGGACCAGUUUCAGCCAAUUAUGCACGACUUCAUUGAUAAGAUUGUUGAUGUCAAAGCUGAUGGUAACUGUGGAUAUCGGUCGGUUGUCAUUUUAUUAGGUAUGGGUCAAGACUCUUGGUCGGUGGUCCGCAACCAUAUGCUUAAAGAACUUGCCAAUUUCUCAGAAGACUAUAUCAAGCUCUUUAGUGGCACGGAGAGAUUUGAGGAAUUAAGGAUGUGA